AUGAAGCUGCAAGAGGGAGGGAGCACACCAACCCCCGUACCCAAGGAUCACCACUCAACCAAGCUUCCUCGCCCGGUCCUUGCCGACCUUGACCUUGCGGCCCACGCGGUCCACGUCGUCAUUCAUCCGGUCCAGCAUCUCGGUCUGCGCGUCGACCUCCUCCUUGAUCGCGAGGCCCAUCUCCUUCUGCCGCCGCACGAUGCGCGCCAGCGCCUCGACGUCCUGGUCCUGGUCCGCCAUCAGCUGCUUCUGCAGCUGCAGCACCCCGUCGUUGUCCAGCUCCCGCGUCCGCUCCGUCUCGGGCAGCGGCGCCCCGAGCACGCGACCACCCGCCCGCGGUCCGCCCGACGAGGAGCCGGCCUGACCGCCGCCGCUCAGCAGCGCCGACCUAUCCCCCGCGCUCGGCGUGCCCUCCCGGCCCGAUCCGCCUCCACCUCCCCGGCCAGCGUCGCCGCCGCUCGCCAGGCUCGCGCUCAGCUUCUCCAGGCCUUCCCUCUCCACGCUCGCCGCGGCGAGCAGGUCCCUCCUCCGCCUGACCUCCCCGUCCCCGACCCUCUUCGUCUCCUGCAGCACCCGCAGGCCCUCCGCCAGCGCGCCCAGCAAGCUCCCGGCCUUGACGAGCUCCCUCUUGGCCGCCGCCCCGGCCUCCGCCGCCGCCGCGUGCCGGUCCGCCUCGGCGUCCCGCCUAGCCAGCUGCAGCCUCGCGUCGUGCAGCGCCCGCCGCGCCUCCUUGUGCAGGUCGAUCCAGGUCCCCGGGUCCGCGGCGGCGGCGGCGUUGGCCCCCGGGAGCCCGAUCUGCGGCAGCCGGGACUCGAUGCCGCUCGCGCUGGCGGCCGAGUUGCUGCCCGCCGCGGAGGCGGGCAGGUUGAGGAAGGCGCGCCAGGCGGGCGUGUCGCGCCACCGGCGGUCGGGCGUCUCGGCCACGGCGCGCAGGUACCGCUCCAGGUCGCGGCGGCGCUGCUCCGUCAGCUCCGGCGACGAGAUGGUCGACUUGAACCACGACUUCUUGGGCAGCGGCUGCGGCGGCGGGCUGCCGACCAGCGACGUCAGCUGCGCGUUGAGGGCGUCAAAGUCCGAGUAGCGCUUCUGUACGACGAAGGAGCGCAGCGGCAGCCGCAGGGUGAUGUUGUAGAGCGUGUAGGCCUUGGACUCGGAGGUCGCCGGGCAGAGCGAGGUCGUCGGGAUGGAUAUUUCGACUGGCGGCGGCAUUGUUCAGUCCUGAUCGGACGGCAGAAGCGUGUCCUUAUGAAUCAGACUUUUGCAGUAGAGAGUCAGGCGACCGUUCCGGUUUCUACCAAGGUUCCUCGUCGAUACGCAGGCAGCAAGGUGCAACGAAGACAGCGAGGCAAUGAGCAGUGCCAAGAAGAAAGCUCGGGUAUCAAGCACUAG